AUGGAGCGCUACGAGAAACUGGGCAAGGUCGGGGAGGGCUCCUACGGCGUCGUCUUCAAGUGCCGCAACAAGGACACGGGUCAGAUUGUGGCCAUCAAGAAGUUCCUGGAGUCCGAGGAGGACCCGGUGAUCCGGAAGAUCGCCCUGAGGGAGAUCCGCAUGCUCAAGCAACUCAAACACCCGAACCUGGUGAAGCUGCUGGAGGUGUUCCGGAGGAAGCGGCGGCUGCACCUGGUGUUCGAGUACUGCGAGCACACGGUGCUGCAGGAGCUGGACAAGCACCCCCGAGGGGUUCCAGAGUACCUGGUGAAGAGCAUAACCUGGCAGACCCUGCAGGCUGUGAACUUCUGCCAUAAACACAAUUGCAUCCACCGGGAUGUAAAGCCAGAGAACAUCCUGAUAACAAAGCACUCGGUCAUCAAACUCUGUGACUUUGGAUUUGCUCGAAUACUGACUGGUCCCAGUGACUACUACACGGACUACGUGGCCACCAGGUGGUACCGCUCCCCGGAGCUGCUGGUUGGGGACACGCAGUACGGUCCUCCCGUGGACGUGUGGGCCAUCGGCUGCGUGUUCGCCGAGCUGCUCUCGGGGGUGCCCCUGUGGCCGGGCAGGUCGGACGCGGACCAGCUGUACCUCAUCCGCAGAACCCUGGGGGAUCUCAUUCCCAGGCACCAGCAAGUGUUCAGCACCAACCAUUUCUUCAGUGGGGUAAGAAUUCCAGACCCAGAGAGCAUGGAACCACUGGAAAUGAAAUUCCCCAACAUUUCAUACUCUGCACUGGCUCUCAUGAAGGGCUGCCUUCGGAUGGACCCUGCAGAGAGGCAGAGCUGUGAGCAGCUGCUGCAGCACCCCUAUUUUGACAGCUUUAGGGAGGCAGCAGAGCUGGGCAAAGGACAUGGGAAGAGCCCUCGGAAACCAGCCAGGCUGACUCGGAAGCACGUGCCUGGGUUACAGCACUUGCCUCAGCUGACCUGCAGCAAUGUUCUCCCAGCUUUGGACAGCAAGAAGAACUGCUGCAAGACAAGGAAAUCAAAGUACCACUUCCCAAACAUCUGA